UGGAAUUAGUGUAAUACUUCCAUUAUGAAGGUCUCCACGUUAUCGCUGGUCUUCACCGUCAUCCUAGUGGCAUGUCUGAUGACCGAGAGCCACGGCUGGUUGUCCUCUGUUUCCAAGGGAGCUAGGUUCGUCCAAGACGCCUACCGUGGAACACGUGAUAUGUACAGGGGAUACAGGGACAUGAGACGGGCGAACUGGAGGAACUCGGACAAGUAUUUUCACGCCCGGGCAAACUACGACGCCGCACGGCAUGGACCAGGGGGUCGCUGGGCCGCCAGGGUCAUCAGUGAUGCACGAGAAAACUGGCAAGGCGGUGUGAGUGGGCGUGGUGCAGAGGACACGCGUGCAGACCAGGAAGCCAAUGAGUGGGGUCGUAACGGCGGUGACCCGAAUAGGUACCGCCCAAGGGACCUCCCCGACCAAUACUGAACUUGUCCAUCCCUGGCAAAACUCGUGUCCCGGUUGCAGUUUUCCUCAUCGCCUUCUUCGUGUGACAUGUUUACGAAUGACUUUGCAGUCAAAAUGUAAAACUAGCAAUCGACGGCAAUCCAGAUUUUGUGGGGUUUUAUAUCCAUUUCUUCAUUCAAAAUAAAAUAAAAAAUACUGUUAAAGUAA